UUAGCCAAUCAGAUUGAGAGGCAAUCAUUGCCGUCCUAUCACCGAGCAACUUUUUCAUUUUGUUGACACUUUGCAAAUAAAAAGAAGCUAGACUUAUUUCACCGCCUGCUGCUUUAUUUUUACAUCUUUUCAAUCACCCGCUGUUGGGCUAAUUUCACAAAAAAUCUUAAAAAAUCCGGUGAAAGUUUGUUUUUUUUUUGAAAAAAAAAUUCGUAAAGAUGGUAAUUACAUCCUCAAUUCACGAUAGCAAUAUCGUAGCAUCAGGUCUAGUUCAACCGAUCCAACAAUGUUCGCCUAAUUGCGUACCUUCUACAAACACAGCUGCAUCAGGUAUCGGAGUGAAUGCUUUUGGUGAAUCUAUUGCGGCCGCUACUUUCGGAAUUCCGACUUCGGCUCCCGAAUACUCCUCUUAUCUCUCGGCAAAUAUGUCGCCUAUCAUGCAGCACUCAUCGGCAAUGCAAUGUUCAGCAGUUUCAGCUACCACACCAAAUGUUGCAUCAUCAAUUCACCCUUUGCACCAUGGUUCUGCACUAAAUAGCAGUAACACUUCGCCUUACGGGGCGUUCAAACAGGAGUCACUGACUAUGACCCCCGGAGUUCCCUACUCAACUUGUUUGACCCCGCCGCAGGCCGCAAGUCAUCAGGCAGCCGGUUGGUUGAUUUCGCCUGAAAGUAAUUUGUCCUGGAAUGGAACGACAUUCCCGUAUCAAAGCAGCCCUCAGUGCUUGAUACAAGGCGGCUCCUUUUUCCCAAACGGAAACAGCGCAGCUUCAGGAAUCUACGGAGCGCAGUCUCCGGCGGCAAUCAACCACGCAUUGAGCAACUCUAAUACUUGGUCUCAUCUUGCAGCCGCCGGAAUGCAUCCAUUUAACGGGUAUAUGACUCCCUCCAGACUGGAAUCACCACCCUCGAAUGUUGCCGUCCCACCAUAUCCGCUCUCGACUACUCCCAAUAUACACAGCUACUAUGCGGCAGCUGCUGCUGUCCAUGCCAACCAAUCCCUGCUCUACGGGAGAACACUCGAGGAGUCUGCACUUUUGGACUGCAUGGAGCGAGAGUGUGAAGAAACGCCGUCUAACGACGAUUUGGAGCAAUUUGCAAAACAGUUCAAACAACGCCGCAUCAAAUUGGGAUUCACACAGGCGGACGUUGGACUAGCUUUGGGCACCUUAUAUGGAAAUGUUUUCAGUCAGACUACAAUUUGCAGAUUCGAAGCUUUGCAGUUGAGUUUCAAGAACAUGUGCAAGCUAAAGCCAUUGCUGACCAAAUGGUUGGACGAAGCUGAAAAUAACAACGGGUAUCCAAGUGCAUUGGACAAAAUAGCAUCACAGGGACGAAAGCGCAAAAAGCGAACUUCUAUUGAAGUUUCUAUCAAGAAUGCAUUAGAACAUAAUUUUCAUAUUCAACCUAAACCGUCUGCUCAUGAAAUUUCGGCGUUGGCAAACAGCUUACAACUCGAGAAGGAAGUUGUGCGAGUUUGGUUCUGCAAUCGAAGACAGAAAGAGAAAAGAAUGACUGGAAUUUGUCUGGAGGACCCGACCGGACAAAAACACGAGGACAUGGAACACGGGAUGAUAUGCGAAGGCGAAAGUAGUAGCGACGAAGAUGACUUCACGAGGCGAGAAGACAGCGAUUUGGACGAACGAAGUAGCGGAGGUAAUUCAAACUUGAUAUCAAACCAAGUUGACCCCAAAAUGUAUCACGUGACUUCCUUAACUGGAGCUGGGUAUGAAUAUCCGAAUGAAGCUGUAACCAGUGAAACAUUGAGUAUAAUGCAUGCAAAAGGAGAUAUCAGCAACAUGCCAGGGUUCAGUGCAAACCAAAGUCAGGAUAGUUUAGUCCAUCAAAAUAGAACUUCGAAUAGUUCAAAUCCAACUGGGAUUCAUGUAAAUCAACUUAAUAUAAUCUGUCCUGGAAUGGAAUAUGUAAAAGAUGACAAUAGAAGUUCGAAUCACAAUGCAUUCCAACAUUCGGAGAAAGAGCGAAUUCUUCUACAACAACUUUCCGAACAGCAAAGCAAUUUCAAUUGCGCGCAAUAUGGAUAUCAGUUUGCAAAUUAGAAGAAUAAAUUAAACAAAAAAAACUGUUAAGGCAAUGGCACAUUUCAUUUUAAAGAUGUUUAUAUACGAAUUUGACUGAUUCAGUAGCUAUAUAUUUUUAUAUGUCAAA